AUGCAUCCUUGCUUCUUAAACAAUUUCUCCCACUACUUGGGCACUGCCACCUUCAAAGAAUCUGAUGUUGAGACCUUUGAGUUGAAUUCUGGGUCGAUUGUUGCCAUCGCCGGCAUUGAUUUUGCGAUUGUGGUAGCGGACGCGCGCUUGUGCACCAAUUCCGGGAGAGUUUUGAUCAGCCAUGAUAAAAUCUUUGCGCUGUCGCCGUUAACGGUAUUGGGUUCUACGGCACCCAUGGGCGACGCGUUCUUGGUGAAACGUUUGAUUGAGAGUCGCAUGCAGACCUACGAGUUCAAGAACUUUAAGACAAUGACCACCAAUGCGGCGGCCAAUGAACUCUCCAUGGCUAUGUACAAAUGUAAGCUUGUACCGCACGGCCUGUGCAACAUAUUGGUUGGCAUCGAUAAGACUGGAGAGGGAAUCGUCUAUACCUACAAUGGCAUCGGUCGCUGCAGGCGUCAGAGAUAUACUAGCGGCGGUUCGGCUGAUGCUUUCUUGAGGCCUGUACUGCACGAGCGUAUUGGCCGCUUGCUCAAGUUCAGAAAGCAUGAAAUAACCAAGACAUAUGCUCUGAACGUAGCUUUAUACGCAUUCGGUGUGGCCAAUCGUCAAACCUACACUGGAAAGUCCAUUAUUGUGAACAUCAUAACCAAGCAGGGCAUCGAUGUUCAGCUUAUCGAACUGGACAAGGCCUAA